CGACCAAUCAGGAGCGUGUACGGUGGAAACCGGGAAAUGAGGACGAGGUACAAAACAGAAAGGGAAUCGCUCGGUCGUGUUAUGAUUUGAAAUUCAUGCUAUUUACGAUUAUGAUGUCGAAUUGGAUGUUAGUACAAGCAUGUACGGUAUGAUUGACAUUUGAGUAGAAUGGAGCAGUGGAUCUGUAAAAAAAAUAAUAUGCAGGAUGUACUCGUUUUUCGGAAAUUAAGAUUGCUUAACUGAUGCUAAACGCCCUAAAUGCAAAUGUGAAUUAUGCAUAGCUACGUGCAUGUGGGCAUCUUGCAAUCUCUCGCUACUAUAGGUCGCCAGUCAUGAUUUCUAAUGCCCCGUAAAAAACGAACGACACCGAAGCCUGCUCUGUUGUUCCUGGAGCAAUCGCUAGAUGGAUCCAGACUCCUAAACGAGGAGCCCGAGGUGCGAGCAGCGUUACACCCCAAGUCGUUCAUCACAGAGAGGCCAACACACGACAAUACAUCUCUUGCUCUGUGGGUGAGUCCACAGUUUGACCAGUCUCACCUGGCAGCGCCCCCAGGCAGACGGGGCAGAAGGAAGGGCCCUUCCACCACGAGCAUCCUCGAUCGAAGCAGUCAACUGUCCAGAAAGCCGGGUCCCAAAACCAGCGUCUGCAAGUUCCCCACCUUAUCGUUCGACCGAGGUCCGACACCAACCUCCGACAUCAACGGACAAUCAAAGCAAACACACGCAAAGAAAUCGAACAAAGUGUCCGUUGCGGCGCCGGCCUCGACCAAUCGACAGCAGCCACAACAACCACAACCAAAACCACAACAACAACAACCACAACAACAGGCUUCCAUGGUGGCUCCUCUUCCCAACCAACAGACGUCAAAGAGACGCACCAGAGGGACACCGGGCGAUGCCCCCACGUCUUCCAGUGCCGCUGCAGAACGGCCACCACCUCAGCCCCCUGGCCGCCCCGCCGGGGGUAGUCAUCAGUCCCCAGCCCCCCUCACCACAACAAGCCCCCCCCGCUCUGCGACGUCAGAGACCCCCGGCGCAGUUUGCUGCAUCGUCCCCAGCCCCUCCGACCUGGACACACCCGAGGUGCUUCACGGGGGCCGGGGGAGUCGCUCUGCCCGUGUUUACCCGCUAUUGGGGACCCCGUCCCAGGAAUGUAGACAGAGCCAGCCAGAGACCCUGGUGGCCGACACCCCGGAACAGGACUACGGGUUGAGGGUGACGUGGAGGAGGAGGAAGGGACUGAUGAUGGCCCUGGAGAAAGGAGGCUAUCUCUCUAAAGUGGACGCGUUGGUUCCUAGGUGAUGUUGUGUGUUGUGUGUGUGUUAGCGUGUGUGUGUGUGUGCAACACAUGGACAAUAAUGUUAUAAAUUGGUGCAUAUUAAUGUACCCAUCAGACCAAUGACAUGUUUUCCUUGCAUUUAACUCUUGUUUCCAUUGGUUUUUUUUUAUUGAAAUAAUCAUGGGGCAGAAUAUGAGGGUUAUCAUUAGAAUAGGCUUAUAUUUUAUGCAGAAUUGUUCAAUUCAGGGCUGCAGUAAUUGAUUAUUGAACAGAUACACGGUUACACAUUUUUACUAUUGCAAUACAUUUCUUCAUUCAGCAGUAAUCUUUAAGAAAAUUAUAAAUGAAAUACAUAGGCCUGUUUAUUUUGAAAUAAAAAUAUGAAUGUGUCUGAAAGUGAA